AUGGGCGAUCUCGCGAGCGCGUGCGCCAUUUUCCAGACGAUCCAUGCCAGGAAUGUCGUCUCCUGGACGAUCAUGGCCGCGGCAUUCGCCGCCAACGCCAGGUUCCGCGACGCCGUGCUGUGCUUCCGGUGGAUGGAGCUCGGCGGCGUGAGACCCGACAAGCACGCCUUCACCACCAUCGUGGAGGCGUGUACGGACGGCGCGCUUGGGCAGUACGGUAUGGAGAUCCAGGCGAGGAUCAUCGAGGCGGGGCUUGAAUCCGAUGUUUUCGUCGGCACCGCGAUUGUACAUAUGCACGGGAAGCUUGAGAGAAUCGAUCGAGCCAUCGCGGCGUUUAGUUGGAUCAAAGAGAGGAACGUUGUCUCGUGGACUGCUAUGAUCUCGGCAUUUGCCCAUACAGGGCAUUACAAAGAAGCGCUGGAGCUCCUUAAGAGCAUGGAUUUGGAAGGAGUGAAACCAAAUUGUGUCACCUUUACUGUUCUUCUGGAGGCCUGUGCUGGUCUCGGGGAUAGAUUUUGCUGCGAGAUUCUCCACUCCCGAAUCGAGGGAAGCGAGAGCUCGAUUUCUUCGGCAGAAACCGUGGUCUCGGCUCUCGUCUUUGCUCUCGGCAAAUGCGGUCACGUCGAUCGAGCCAGGCGCUCGUUCGAGAGAUUGGAAGCGAAGAACUUGGUGUCGCGAACUGCGAUGAUGGCUGCGUAUGCGCAGAACGGGCAUCACAGAGAAGCGCUCCAACUCUUCCGGGAGCUCGAUCUGGAUGGGAUCAAACACGAUGCGGUCUCGUUCGUCAGCGUGCUGGAGGCGUCCUCGAGCUUGCAGAUGGCGAAAAGCUUCCACUCGCGGAUCCUCGCCAGUGGGAUUCGCGUGAGCGUCAUCACCGGCACGGCGCUCGUCACCACUUACAGGAAGUGUGGAGCUCUCGGCCUCGCGAGAUCCACUUUCGAUGGCAUUGCCGGGAAGAGCAUCCUGUGCUGGAACACGAUGAUCUCCGCCUACGCGCAGCACGGCCACGCCAUGGAAGCGCUCAAGCUCUUCAACGCGCUCAAGCAAGCCGGGGAGAGGCCCAACAGCAUCACCUUCGUGAGCGCCAUCGCGGCUUGCGGCCACGUUGGUCGCCUCGACGACGCGGUCUACAACCUCUCGUCGAUGAUCGCCGACUACCGGAUCACCCCCUCGAGCGAGCACUUGGGCUGCAUGAUCGAUCUCCUGGGACGAGCUGGGCGAUUGGAGGAGGCCGAGAGAAUGGUGGACAAGAUCUCUCCCGAUGACGCCGCGGAGAGAAUCAUGCAGUGGAAAGCGCUGCUGGCCGCUUGCAAAGGAGGAGAAUCCAGGGUAGCAUUGCAUGGCAUCGCAAUCCUUGGUUAUAGAGUCACUGUCAUAUCUCUUUACACGCCAACGUUUUUGCCAAAAAAGCUGACGGUCACAAAGGAACACGUUGAAAUAGCAGUGUCGAUCCACCAACAAAACGUGGGCACUGGGAGAUAUACGAGGCUAAAAGAGAGUUUCAGUAAUCGUUUUGGAAAAGCCCACGAGAUGGAAUCCAAGCUGACCGACUCCAAAGUGGUGGUGAAGAACACUUGCUUGGUUCCUCCACGGGAGAAGCUCGAGUCUCCUAUUGCCAAGCUUAUCCCCUCGGCUCUUUCGCAUAUGACAUGGUUCCUGCCUUACAGAACUCGCUUUCUCUUCUUCAAGAAUCCAGUCGGUGAUCCUCCUUGUUUCAACGACAUUGUAGCGAAGCUUAAGGAUUCCCUCGGCAAGGCGCUCACCGGGUUUUAUCCCAUCGCUGGGAGAUUGCUGGUCAAGGAAGAUGGCGGUGGAAUGGAGCUUGUCUGCAAUGGAAAAGGAGUGCUCUUCAUCGAGGCAGUCGCGGGAGUCUCUCUUGACGAGCUUGCAAAGAACGAGGUGAAUGGCCACUAUGUGGGAAUCCCGCUGAGAAUUCUCCUGGAUCUGGCACAAACUGGAGAUCAUCUUCUCAAGUGGCCAUGGACUUUGGAUCAUCCUCUCUUCAUCACACAGGUGACGAGAUUCGCAUGCGGUGGGAUUUGCAUCUCCGUGAAGUUCAAUCACCAAGUCCUGGAUGGAACCGGAGCAUGGCACUUCGUCAAGUCGUGGUCCGAGAUAAGCCGCGGCGAAUCCCCGUCGCUGGAGCCGGUGGUCAUGGAAACUCCAUCCACCAUCGCGAUUCUCCCGCGCGACGAGAAGCUGGAGAUCGAGCUCCCACCGGAUUUCAUGCUGUGGAAGAACUCGGACGUCGUUCGCAACUUCUCCGCCUCUCACAGCAACGAUGCAAGCUCCACCACCGCCAUGAAAUGCUUCUCUUUCGCAAAGGAGGAGAUUGGAUCGCUCAAGCGGGAGAAUCCCGGGCUCACCACCUUCCAGCUCCUCACCGCCCACAUCUGGAGGGAGAUCUGCCGCGCGAGGCAACUCCACGACCGCGAGUCAACGGCACUGUUCUUCGCGGUCAACUGCCGCGGGAAAGUCAAAGCUCUCCCGGCGGGCUACGUUGGCGAGGCGGCCAUGAUGGCUAGGACCUCCACCAGCGCUGGGGAGCUACUCUCCCACAAAGGAUUGGAGCGAGGAGCUCGGCUUGUCAAGGAGAAGAUCAUCCAGAGCAGUGACGAGGAGGAGGUGAGUUUCUACUGCAAGUUGGUUGGAUCUUCUCGCGGUGGCGAGUUUACAGUGAUGCCAAGAUUGUCACUCGACAAGGAUGUGAAUGUCGGGAGCUCCUUCUACUUCCCGGUUUUCCAGGACUUUGGAUUCGGCAGAGCUUGCGGAGUGGCCAUCUUUCCCGUGAUCGAAGAUGGCAAAGUUUACUACUUCCCAGCUCGAAGAGAGGGUGAUGUGAUUGCUUACGUUUGCUUGGAGCAAGAAGUCAUGAACAAGCUCCACCUUUGAUAGUGUAGCUUGAUAGUCGAGUGCCAAACUAAAACAAUGAAGAUUCGAUUC